AUUUCCAACCAACUCUACAAAGAAACUCUCUCCUUCCAUCAAUUCCUCUGCUCACUGCAAAUUACCCAAAAAAACAAAAACCCAGUUCCUCUUGAUACUCUUCACAAAUCCAAUCCAAAACACAGCAACAACAAUGGGGAUCCGGAGCUUGUUGCCCUCAUCAAUGGUGGUCGGAGCCAAGAAGAUAAUGAAGAGGAAACACCGCCAUUAUCAACAGCAGCAACACUACUCCCAACAUAGCUUUCCAUUACCAGCAAAUGAUCACCAUUCGGCGGUGCCAAAAGGGCACAUUGCAGUUUACUUAGCCGGCGAUCAUCAUCACCAUCACCAAAUGAAGAGAUUCGUGGUGCCGAUUUCGUGCCUGAACCAUCCCAUGUUCGGGGAGUUGCUGGACAUGGCGGAAGCAGAGUUUGGGUUCCAACACUCCAUGGGAGCUCUCACUCUGCCCUGCGAUGAAGACUCUUUCCUCCAACUCAUCUCUUCCCCUGCAUUUUGAUCCCCAUCGAUUCUCUCCAUCAUUUGAUUCAUUCAUGAUGUAAUGUAACCAAAAAUUUAUAGACAAACUAGCUAUAUGUAUGUAGACCAAGAGAUUUUGAUUGGUUUCAUAUUCACGUAGAGAUCAAAGUAAGGUUAGAGUAGAGCGCAACCGAGAGAUUAUUGUUAUACAUAUGUAAUACGGUGGUAAUUAAUUAUAUCAAAUAUACAUUCAUAUUCAAUCUCUAUUUGUGCUAGUAUCAACUUCAAUUAUUGGAUCUGACAUAUCAGUCAUAGGCAUUUUUGGCUAAUUAUGUGAAAUUAAAAUUUUAACUUUAAUCUUUUUAACGAAUACGAGUUUAGACGGAUUUGAUCAAUUCGAAUACAACAUUAUUAUUGGCAUACAUUUUUACUUUUUGUUUCAUGAGGAAUAUAGAUUUAGUUAUCAUUUUGGCCUUGCUGUGAGAUCAUUUGUUGGAGGGAGAACGUGAAGUAGAAGCCAUUUCGUUUGUACUUAAUAAUAAAUUACAUUCAUUCAUCUAAGAGAAAAUUAUGAAUAUAAUUUAUCAUAUGGGAAUAAUGACAGGUUUCACUAUAGCCAAAGCCCAAAGAUGCUCUGUAUUUUCACAUAACUAGAGAUCCUUUUGGGGAAUCGGAUUUGUUUUUUGUUUAUAGGUUUGGCUAUAAGACGAAUUACUCCUCACUAAACUUCAAUCAUGACAAUGACCAUGUGAUCAUAGGAAAUAUGAUUUAUGAGUUAAUAAUAUAUUCAUGACUUCAGUCAUUUUUAGGAUUUUCGAUCAAGACGAAUGAACAAUUAAAUACUUGAUUUUUUUUAUUUUGAUGAGGAGAGAUUAUUAUCAGAAAGUAAGAUAAAUUAAUAAAAUAUAUAAUUAUCAUAUUAAUUAUGGUGCCGGGCUAAUAGGUGAGUCAAGAUGACAUACCAGAUGAACCAUUUAUUUUAGAAAUUUUUUAGUUCCAAAUUUUUUUACAAUCAUCCAAAAUAAUUUUUAUAGUUAAGAUUUGGGAUAAUUUCUGUAUAAUUUUUUUUUUAAUAGAUAACACAUAGUUCAUGAAUACAUUUCAGGAAACCAGUACCCUCCUUCAAUUUUUUCAUUAAUUUAUGUGUUUUUCCCCAUUUUGAACACCAUUAAUAAUAACGCAUUAGUUAAAUAAUAUGUAUAUAUAUGUUAUUGAAAUAAAACCCAUACAUAUAUUUAUGUAUUCAUGUGUCAGCUAGCUAAGCUAGCUGUAUUCCUUGGAGAGCAAUAAUUGACAUAAAGUUCGAGGAACGUACAUAUAUAGUCAAUAGGCCGGACGGCCGCGGCUAUCUGAAAUUUUCAAUAAACUAAUAGUGUUACCAAAUUUAAUCAAUUAGUUGUAAUCGAAAACCUAAUCAACUAAGUAGAUGACAAUCUUGAUGUAGACUGUAGACUUCAUUUGGCUGUCAAUAUUUAACAUUAACAGAAACAAAAUAGGAUUAUCCUUCGUGAUAGAAUAUUGCUUCGAAAUUGGGCCCUAUUAUUAGGAACGAGUUAGAGUGCUAGCUCCAUAAUAAAUUAACACCAUACUAAUUACCCUAAUGAUCAUUCAUUUUAUAUAAAUUUAAUGAUGAGGA